GGUCACCUCCGGGGAGGAGAGUGAAGUCCACAUUCAUGAGGACCUUCUCUGGCCAGGUUUUUACCCACGUCAUCUCAAUUCCUACAAGAACCACUCAAGGUAGGUGCUUCAACUCACUGUAUACAUGGGAGAAGGCGACCUGGAGAAGCGACCUUCCCCAGUGUCACAGUGUCUACAGCGAAGAGUCGGGAUGCAAAGCAGCUUACUCAGGGCGUGUCUGUCCCACGGGGCGGUUCCUGCGUGGAGGGACCCGUAGGAAGAGAGGGUCUCCUGGGUGGUGCGCCGGGCAUCGUGGGCCAUGGGCUGAAGGAGGGCUCCCUUGUCCCCAGCGUCAGCCAGGCCAGUGACCUCAGCUGGAGGUGGACAUGAAAAAGUCUGAGGGAGGACUUGGGUGUGAGCAAGAGAGAGUAGCCCUCCUUGACUCUUAGCCCCGGGCUUCCCCUGAAAGGAGAAAUAGAAGCUUUCAAGAAAAUCGCUUCAGGUCUUUGGGUAAAAUGCUGGGGGAAGUAGAGGGUGGGGAGGGGGAACUCCCCAAGAUGGACUCUGGGGGAUCCAUUGCCGACCACCCACUCUGUCUCCGUGGGGGCAAACUAGUUCCUGCUACCUGUUCUAGGACGGGAUUUCAGGGGAAGAGUCUGCGUUAGGCCGGUCCUGGGCCUCCUGUGCCACUAGAGAAAUGAUUUCACCUCCGGGAUGCGUUCAUUUGUUUAACAGAACUGGGGGUCCACCAUGUGCCAGGUUCUGUUCUAGGCACUGGGAAUCUAAGAAUGAACACAACAAAAAUCCUUGCUUUCCUGGAGAAAACAAACCAAAACACAACAAACUAAGAAGGGAUUUGAGACAUUGCAGAGUGGGUGUGAACAAUUUAGACUGGGGUGCCAGGAAGGGUCUUCUGAGUCAAUCAAUGAAGAGAGGCAUGAGCAGAGUUAGCCAGGAAGCUCUCUGGAGGAAGAAUGUUCAGGAAGAGGGAAGAGCCAGUGCAAAGGUACUGAGGCAGGAGCAUGCCUGGAGGGUUAGAAGAGCAUCAAGGAGAUCAGUAUGGCUGGAGUGGAGAGAAGGGUCAGGAAAGUUGGAGACAAGGUCAAAGAUGUCAUUGGGGCCAGUAUAGGAUGGUUUACACUUUGAGCCCUCAAAGGGUUGGAGCCCGAAGAGUGAGCCCUUUAUAAGUGACAGGAAUGGGUAGGAUGGCUUUGGAUGCCCUUUCUAGUUAGCCAGUCCAUGACACAGGGUCUCCAUUUGGGAUCCAGAUGCCUUCUUUUGCAGCAUUAGGGGCUGGUAGGGGACACACUAUGUGUGUGUGUGUGUGUGUUUGUGGGAGGGUGUGAAAAGGCUGUGGCUGAGAUCCUCACGUUUCUAAACCACUGACACGUUUGGACCAGGUAACUUCUUCAAGUGUCAUCUAGCCCUGAGAUUUCCGGAUCUCUCCAAGUGCCUGGCUUGGAGAAUUUCCUCUCGGCAGCCCUGAGCUGUCUAGAACAUGCAAGUUUCCACUUGGGAACGUGUGAAAAGGCUGGGUCGUGGGAGCAGCUCGGCCAGCAGGCAGGACCCUCGGGAUCCUUGGGACAGACCUCAGCCCCUCCAGAUCAUGCACCUCCCAGGCCUGCCCUUCUACAUUUCCAGAGUCUUCCAGCCAGGAGGUGGCUCCCUGUGGGGUUAUUAGUCAUCUCCUCCCCCUGCCCAGGGGCAGGAGAUUCCUCUAAGGAGGGAUAGGAGGCAAGUUGUCCUCUCUCUGGCUGGAGUGGGGGUGGGCAGAGAUGGGGGCCAGAACCAGCACCUCCCAAACCCUGCUUUUCAGUGUGCCUUCCGGGGUGGCUGAGCAGGGUGGCCCCCAAGUCACCGAGGGAGGUCCUGGGCCCAGAGUGAGCUAUACCCAGCCUGCUUGCGGCCACCUUGCUCCAGGCCACCAGAGGCCCAAGUGCAGGGGAACAAAGACUCGGCCUCUUCCGGCUGUGCCCCCUCUGGCAACCACCAGCCGCCCUCAGGGGCCUCGUUAGGCUGCUACUAUCUCCGGCUGGGCCGCUGGGGUGCGUCGGGCAGUUUGACAUCACAGCCCAUGGUAAGUCACUGGGGGCUGCCCUGGGAGGGUCCCAGGUGAGACUGGGUUGGUUGCCAUGGAGCCACUUCACACCAGUGCGCCCUCCGGGCCCCCAGCUGCUUCCCAUCUCGGCCCUACUACCUGCAGCUGGGGGCUCAGGCUCUGGGCGGGGGCCUUGAAAAGACCCCUGCCCGGCCCGGGGGCUGCUGCCCAGGGCUGCGGCCAUUCUGACCCAUCUCAGGAGACGCCCAGCUGAGGAUGAGACCCGGGGGCAGGAUCGAUCCGGGCGGAGGCCCGGUGGGCUGGAGGGUGGAGGGGCCCCCGAUGAGGUGUGGAGGGAGGGAGGGAGGGCCACACUUUCCAGCCAGGCCCUCGGCAACCAGCGCCUCGCUGCUCUCUGCCACCAAGGACACGCCUGCGGCUCCUGCCAUGGACAGGUGGUACCUGGGUGGCAGCCCCAAGGGGGAAGUGGACCCAUUCUACUACGACUAUGAGACUGUCCGCAAAGGGGGCCUCAUCUUUGCUGCCCUGGCCUUCGUCGUGGGGCUCAUUAUCAUCCUCAGCAAAAGACUCCGCUGCGGGGGCAAAAAGAAGCACCGGCAAGUCAAUGGUGACGAUCUGUAAUGACGGAGUCAGCUGUGUCCCCGCUGCAGGGGGGACCUUGGGAAGCCUUCCCUGAGCUGUAGACCUUUGUCCCCAGCACUGCCAAGGCCCUCAGGCUGAAGGAAGCGCCAGGCUCCAUGUGACCCCUGGGUUUGCAUGGCCUCCUCCCACCCCAGGCCGCGUCCUGUUAAUAAUAAAGCGAGCCUCAGAGACAGCU